AUCACAUUUACAUAUUUGCUAAAACAUCAAACUCUAAUUCUUCUCCCAAAUUCUUCAGAUUUUUGAAGCCAUAUCUAAUCGGUGUGACCUAAAUGACUAUCGAUUUCUCGCAAUUUUCCUAAUUUACCGGUUUGAUCAAGCGGUUGAUUUUGUUUUUUCCGGUAGUCUUUCAAUUCCGUUGAUUUCAUUGGUGAAUCACCGAGUUUGAUUUUUUUUCCCGGCUUUUAUUCAGUUUUUUCAUUAGGUCGAGCUCGUAGUAGAGUAGAUUGUGAAGGGGGAAGUAAGUGGGGGUAAAGAAUUGAAUCAAAUGGCAACCGGAAAUCUGGGACACCCAAAUUUUUCAGGUCGUCCUAAUGUUCCAGGCAGACCAGCUGGUAGUCCCUUUGCUGCAGCACCUCCCCCUGCAACGAGUCCAUUUUUGUCAUCUGGUCCUGCGUCUGGUAGAUCAGAUGGCCCUAGUGUUAAACCUCCCCCAACAUCAGCUCCAACUAUUACAACACCGUUCUUAUCAUCUGGACCAACUGUAGGACCCCCAGUCCCUGGAUUUAAGCCUUCUUUACCUGCUGGUAAUACUGAUGCAUCUGCACCCACUGCUUCCGGACCACCACGAUCACUUGGUCUGCCUACAUCAAACCAUUUCCAGCAAUUUGCAGCCCCUCAGUUCUCAGGGCCUCCAACAAAUCCUCCUAUCCAUAUGCCUGCUGGUGGGCCCCCUAACAUGGUAUCUUCUGUAGCACCUAAUAUGCCUCCACCGUUCCAGCGUCCUAGUGUUCUGUCUCCAAAUCCACCCUUUACUUUCCGCCCCCAUUCUCAGGCUCCUCCUGUCCAAAUGACAUCUUCCCCUCAACCCUACGCUCAAGCUCCACCUGUUCAUAAGGGAACACAACCCCAAACUUAUGCCCAGGCUCCACCUGUACAAAUGUUAUCCCAGCCCCAAUCUUAUGCUCAGGCUCCAGGAGUAUCACCACCCACUUACUAUGGACAGCAACCGGUUUACCUCCAGCCUCCCUCUCAACCUGGUAUGGCAUCAAUUCAUUCGAGAGAUCAAAUGCAGCAUCUAUCAGCUCCUCCGAUGAGUGCUAUGCAGGGUUUAGUAGAAGACUUUAGCUUCUUGUCAUUAGGUUCCAUUCCUGGAUCAAUGGACCCUGGACUUGAUGCUAAAGCAUUGCCAAGGCCACUUGAGGGGGAUGUGCAUCCAGAGGUUUUCCAUGAUAUGUUUCCCAUGAACUGUGACCCAAAAAUUUUGCGCCUUACUACUAGCGGUAUACCAAAUUCACAAUCUCUUGCGUCAAGGUGGCAUUUACCCCUUGGAGCUGUUGUUUGUCCGCUAGCUGAAGCUUCUGAAGGGGAGGAAGUGCCCGUAGUAAAUUUUGGUGCAGGUGGUAUUAUUCGCUGUAGAAGGUGUCGUACAUAUGUAAAUCCCUAUGUCACAUUUACAGAUGGUGGAAGAAAGUGGCGUUGCAAUGUGUGUUCUCUGCUUAACGAUGUCCCUGGGGAUUAUUUUGCCCAACUAGAUGCCACAGGCAGAAGAAUUGAUGCUGACCAACGACCUGAACUUAUCAAAGGUAGCGUUGAAUAUGUUGCAACAACUGAAUAUAUGGUGCGACCACCUAUGCCGCCUCUCUACUUUUUCCUCAUUGAUGUGUCAGUUUCUGCAGUCAGGAGUGGCAUGAUUGAGGUUGUGGCUCAGACCAUAAAGUCUUGCUUAAAUGAACUACCUGGAUCCACCCGAACACAAAUUGGUUUUAUAACAUUUGACAGCACCAUACACUUCUACAACAUGAAAUCAACUUUGACGCAACCCCAAAUGAUGGUGGUCUCGGAUGUGGAUGAUAUAUUUGUCCCUUUACCAGAUGAUCUUCUUGUCAACCUCUCCGAAUCAAGAAACGUGGUGGAGUCAUUUUUGGAUAGUUUACCCUCUAUGUUUCAAGACACUAUGAACGUUGAAUCUGCUUUUGGCCCAGCUCUUAAAGCUGCAUUAUUGGUCAUGAGUCAACUUGGGGGUAAACUGUUGAUUUUCCAAAAUACACUUCCUUCUAUUGGAGUUGGUCGGUUGAGAUUACGAGGUGAUGAUAUCCGGGUAUAUGGAACUGAUAAAGAACAUUCUCUGAGAGUAGCCGAAGAUCCAUUCUAUAAGCAAAUGGCAGCGGAUUUUACAAAGUACCAGAUAGGAAUCAGCGUGUACGCUUUUAGUGAUAAGUACACAGAUAUAGCUUCAUUAGGGACCCUUGCCAAAUACACUGGUGGACAAAUAUACUACUAUCCCAGUUUCAAGUCAAACAUGCACGGUGACAAGUUGAUACAUGAGUUGGCUAGAGAUCUCACCAGGGAGACUGCUUGGGAGGCUGUUAUGCGCAUAAGAUGUGGGAAAGGUGUAAGAUUCAAUUCUUAUCAUGGAAACUUUAUGUUGCGGUCUACUGAUUUGAUAGCGCUUCCUGCUGUGGACUGUGAUAAAGCUUUUGCCAUGCAAUUAUCCCUGGAAGAGACAUUACUGACAACUCAGACUGUGUACUUUCAAGUUGCGUUGUUAUAUACUGCAUCAUGUGGAGAGAGACGUAUUAGAGUACACACAGCUGCGGCACCAGUGGUUGCUGAUCUCGGAGAGAUGUAUCGUAGAGCUGAUACUGGUGCCAUAGUCUCGCUGCUUGGCCGGCUAGCUAUUGAGAAAACUCUAUCAAGUAAGCUAGAAGAUGCACGUUCUUAUUUGCAAAUGAGGAUUGUUAAGUCCCUUAAAGAAUAUCGAAAUCUGUAUGCGGUGCAACAUCGGUUGGCUGGAAGGAUGAUCUAUCCAGAAUCGUUAAAGUAUCUGCCUCUGUAUGGGUUAGCACUUUGUAAAUCAACACCUCUUCGUGGAGGGCAUGCAGAUGCCCAACUAGAUGAACGCUGUGCAGUUGGUUCAACGAUAAUGACAUUGCCUGUUCAAAGUCUAUUAAAGUUUUUAUAUCCCAGCUUGAUUCGUGUGGAUGAGUUUCUACUCAAGGCAUCUUCUCCAGUUGCAGAUCUUAAGGAUGCCGAGAAGCGCAUUCCCCUAACGGCAGAAAGUUUAGAUCCUAGAGGCCUUUAUAUUUUUGAUGAUGGUUUACGCUUUGUCCUUUGGAUUGGCAGAAUGCUUUCUCCUGAGGUGGCAAGGAAUUUGAAUAUUGAUUUUGCUUCUGAUCUUUCACAGGUUAACAUCUAUGAAAGUGAUAAUGAAAUGUCAAAGAGGCUAACAGGGCUGCUUAAGAAGCUGAGAGAGAGUGAUCCCGCUUACUAUCAACUUUGUCAUAUUGUAAGGCAAGGCGAACAACCAAGGGAAGGGUUCUAUUUUUUGGGAAACCUUAUCGAGGAUCAGACUGGUGGUGUAAGUGGCUAUGGUGACUGGAUUACACAAAUCCAUCGACAGGUUCAGCAAAAUGCAUAACAAGCAGAUAUUCAAGGGAUUUAUCAUCUAACAAGAUAUCAUCAACUCUCAGAAAACUAAUUGUCUGUGUAUGCGCACAUCACGGUUAGUAAAAUAUUUUUGUUGUGAGCAAAUAUUUUUCAUUUUUUAAAUUAUUUUUUGAUGAAAAUAAAUAGUUUAGGAGUACUUUAGUGAAAUCAUAUUUUGUUAUUUUCAGAUUUUCUUAGUAAAAUUUAUUUUCUUUUUUAGCUUUAGACAGGAACCAGGACAUAUAUCUCAUAUUUGUGUGAUCACAUUCCUCUGUUGCCUUACAGAUUUUGUUCUUUUUGUUUUAGAGGAUGUGUGUUGUGAAAUACACUAAGAAAUGGAUUAUUAUUUAUUAAUAUGUUCCUUCUUGAGGGCCUUUCAUUUCAGUGAUUUAUAAUACUUUUGUUUUUUUCUUUUCUUUUUUUUUCUUUUUAUAAUUUUAUUUUCCCAGAAGUUUGCUGAGUUAACACUCAGGGUAAGUUGGAGAACCCCUACUAGAGUCCUUUUUGUAUAUGGUGAGAAUCUAACCUUGUUACAAGAGUAAAAGGGAAAGUCGUUGGUUGUACAUUUGAUUUAGUAAAUAUAGCUUUUCAAAUAUUGGUGAUUUAGUGAAUGGGCAAAUUUUAGAAUAAUGGGUCGAUUAGCAAACAGUUUUAAGUUCAUAGCUGGUUGCACGGAUAGGUUUAUAUAUAUCAUUGGCUGAUUUGAAAAAUUAUUUAGAUUAGUUUAUAUAAAAGUGUGUGGUAAACUCAAUGAUUCAUGUAGGCCAAAGUAGGUUUUGAUGGGUUUAAUAGCAACUUUUACCAUUUUGAUGAUGAACAAUGUAUAUUUUGGGUAUAAAUGAAUUUAACUAAAUCCAUUUAUCAGUAGUUAAGUAGAAAAUUUAAAAUAAAAAUAAGAUUAAUUAUUAAAAAAAAAGCACAAAAUAAGAGCAAAAUUAACUUAUUUUCAGAUGUAAUCGCCUCUAACCCUAGAGCUCAAGUUCGGUGCUGUUCGUAGUUAGUAACUGCGAAUAGAGACAAAUUGAUAAAAUGAGAAAGAAGGGACCUGUUGUUGUAUUUAGGCACGAUGGUGUUCGCAGUUAUUAACUGCGAACAAGAUAUUUGGUAAAAAAAGUCAACACCCCUGUUCGCAGUUAGUAAGUGCAAACAACUUCUUUGGCUUUUUUAAAAUCAAACCACUUGUUCGCAGUUAUUAAGUGCAAACAGAUUCAUACCUCAGGUUUGGGAAUUAAGCGCUUAUAUCUGGAAAUAAGUUGAUUUUAGUCUUAUUUUGUGCUUUUUUUUUAUUUUAUAAUUAAUCUUAUCUAUUUUAAAUUUUCAGUUAAGUACAAAUAAGGCUUUCUAAAAUGUUGUAUAUCAAAACAUUGUUACUUAUUUGCCACACAACAAGUUAUUUUGCUUAGGUUAAACUC